CCAGUCCAUCGCUUCACUUUUACGGGUAAACGUGCGGAAGGUACGUUCCAAGUUCGAACCUAGCGCUUGAUGUUCUGUGUACACUCUGUACAAUUAAAAUGGCUUCCAAGUUCUUUGUGAGUUAACUUUGUUAGGUGCAUUUUAGUAAAUUUCUGAAUUGGGUUGUUAAAUUUAGAGUGUUAGUGCAUAGUAACUAUUAAAUAGUGGCCUUAAAAAGUGCUCUUAAUGAGGAUUAUAAUAAGAAAAACGAACUUUUAACAAGAACAACGAGUGUCCAUUCUAAUGUUAUUACAAGUAGCUACUAAAAAUAUUGCAAAAAAAACUUUCGGUAACUAAAAUGGGACGGUUGCACUGUUUAUUUUGUAUUUUCCUAUGUUUUACCGUCAUCAACACGCAGACAACGAAUAUACAUGUAAAUCAACAGUUAUCUCUACUCCAGAUACACAAAUUGGUACAGGAUUCUCGGAAAAUUCCGUGGAUACAUUUCUAUCACCUCAUGGGAAAAGUGCAAAAUUCGUGCACCAAAAUCACAAACCCAAAAUUGAAAAUUGUCAGAACUACAAACCCUCGGUGAAAGAAGAACAGCCAGGCGGAACGUACGUAACAACGGUUACCGCUAUCGAUGACGAUCCUAGGGAGGGAGGAGGAACAAUUAGUUACAAACUAAUUCAUAGAGAAGGAGAACAUGUUUUAUUUGACAUAGACAACGUUACUGGUGUUUUGACAACUAUCCAGCCAUUUGAUCGGGAUGAACCAGUAAGGCAGAAGGAACUUUAUGUAACCGUACAAGCUUCAGACAACGGCAGGCCACCAUUAGCAGAUGUCUGUACAUUUACAGUUACCAUUACCGACAUUAAUGAUAAUGCGCCACAGCUUGAUAAACUGAAAUACGAUGCACAAGUUUCUGAAGAUUUAAAAGUAGGAAGUGAAGUGAUGAGAGUUUUUGCUUACGACAUUGAUGAUGGGGAAAAUUCAAGAUUAUCGUAUAACUUUUCAAACGAAAAUGCUCAAUUCACCCAGUAUUUCAGGAUAGAUCGAGAUACUGGCGUUGUGUAUUUAAAGGAAGCUUUAACAGACAAAAAGAAUACUAGAUUUAACAGUGCUGUUUAUGUAGCCGAUAAUGGCGUUAACGAUCAAGAAGGCCAAAAAGAUUCAACCGCUAAGAUAUCUAUAACAGUAGUAGGGUCUGAUAAACAGCCUCCCAGAUUUACUCAAAAAAUGCCUGAUGGAAUCUUGGAGAUCCCCGAAGAUUUUAAAGACUUUUCUAAACAUAUUGUCACAGUCGAAGCAACGUCCAACAUUGCGGAUCCACAACUUGCUUUUGAAUUGGUGAAGGGAAAGACAUAUCAAACCAAUAAAGACCAAACGUUUCUUUUGGAGGCAGAAGGAAAUAAAGCGCACAUAAAGCUAGUGCGUCCACUGGAUUAUGAAACAGUAACGGAAUAUACUCUAACUAUUCGAGUAAAAAACAAAGAUUUAAUGGAUUCUUCCAUAAAUAUACCAAUUAAAGUAUUAGAUGUUAAUGAUGAAAUUCCUAAUUUCCUUGAAUUUCUUAAAGGUAGUGUCGUGGAAAAUGACAAGCCAGGUGCACAAGCGAUUCAAGUAAGAGCAAUCGAUAAAGACGGAACUGCUGCUAACAACAUUGUGAGCUAUGAACUCGUUGACAAUACAGAUUUGUUUGCAAUAAACCGAUCUACGGGAGUAAUUACGUCGAGAGUGGAGUUUGAUCGUGAAACUGUACCUCUAUAUCACGUAAACGUUAAAGCUUAUGAUAACUCUCCGUCUGCUUUGUAUAACACGACAUUGCCUAACAUUGUAAUUCAGACAUUCCAAAUCAGUAUAGAAGAUCAAAAUGACAACAAACCUGUAUUUACUCAUCCAAUUUAUCAGUUCAGUAAUAUUACUGAGCUUGCUGAUAAAUCGAGUAUUGUUGGUGAAGUCAAAGCUUUAGAUAAUGACACGGCUUCAGUUAUAAGUUAUAGUAUUACAAAUGGAAAUAUUGACGAUGCGUUUAUGAUUGAAAAUUCUACCGGCAGAAUAAGAGUUAAUGGAAAACUGGAUUACGAGAAAAUCGAACAAUACAACUUAACCGUUCGCGCAUUUGAUGGGGCAUUUGAAGAUUUUGCAAUUGUUUUAAUUUCCAUACUUAAUGAAAAUGACGAACCUCCAGUUUUUGACGACUAUAUCAGAGAAAUUCAAAUUAAAGAGGAAGAACCUAUGAUAUCCGGAUGCGUUGUUAGAGUGACUGCUCAUGAUCCAGAUAUUAAAGACAGGCAUGCUGAUCAACACAUAGUAUAUGAGGUCGCGAAAGAACAGAAAGAUUUUUUGACCGUAUCUGCCGAUGGAUGCGUACAAGUAACAAAACCUCUAGACCGAGAUCCGCCUUUCGGUAGCCCAACACGACAAGUCUUCAUCUAUGCUCGUGAUAAUGAUGGAGGCACAAAUUCAUUGUUGGCCACUGCAGAAAUUGAAAUUAUUUUAAUAGAUAUAAACGAUAAUGCUCCCUUUUUAAAUGUUACAGAAAUUGUUUAUUAUGAAAACCAGGAUCCAGGUUUUAUAGGUAACCUAAGUGCCGAUGAUUACGAUGGUCCUGAUAAUGGACCUCCGUUUGCUUUUCGAUUAUCAGACACUGCUUCAGAUAGUAUUAGAUCGAAAUUUUCCAUUAUCGGAAACCAGCUUUUCGCUUUAGAAAUGUUUGAUAGAGAAGAGCAAAAAUAUUAUGACAUUGCCAUUGACAUUACAGAUAGUGGAGUACCUCCACUAACAGGAACUAGUAUUCUUAGAGUUAUAAUCGGAGAUGUAAAUGAUAAUCCAGCUACAGACGGAAACAGCACGAUCUUUGUGUAUAAGUACGUCAAUGGGCCAGAAAAUUUCAUGGAAAUCGGACGUGUAUAUGUUACAGACCUAGACGAUUGGGAUUUAAAUGACAAAGUCUUUGUUCAAGAAGAUAACUUUGAGGAAUUUGUGUUAAACCAACAUAACAACGGUAUGAUUCUGAUGAAACCAACAACGGCUGAGGGAACUUAUGAGGUUCAUUACAGGGUCACUGAAACCCACGAACCCACAAUACACGAACAUACAGUUAAUGCAAUAGUCACGAUUACAGUUAAAGUACUUCCAGAGGAAGCGGUUGUAAAAUCAGGAUCAAUUCGAUUGAGAGGAACAACUAAGGAAGAAUUCAUAGAAAAUUCAUUGAAUGGAAAGAGCAAAAGAGACAUAUUACACCAAGAACUCUCCAAAAUAUUAAAUACAUCUUUAGCGAAUGUUGAUGUAUUUACUGUUUUAAAUUCACCCCACCAGAAUAGUUCGUUUGUGGAUGUUCGAUUUUCUGCUCAUGGAUCUCCAUAUUAUGCUCCAGAGAAACUCGAAAACAAAGUUACAGAUCAUCAAAUGGAGCUUGAACAAAAAUUAGAUGUGGAAUUCUACAUGAUCAACGUAAACGAGUGCCUUAACGAAACAACGUGUGGAGCUGAAAACUCAUGUACGAACAAAUUAAACAUAACACGAGAACCAGCUGUAGUGUUUACUAACAGAACAUCCUUUGUCGGUGUAAAUGCAUUUAUUGAUCCUGUGUGUGCCGCUUUACCAAGAGAUGUUAUGGAAUGUUUCAACGGAGGCGUCCUUAUCGAAAACACAGCGUGUAAUUGUCCUGCAGGAUUUGAAGGACCACAUUGUGAAAUCCUAGCUAUAGGAUUUACAGGAACUGGUUGGGCUAUGUAUCCAUCCUUUGACGCUACAAACAGGACUGAGAUUAUACUGCAUAUUUUAUCACAAACUGAUAAUGGUUUGAUAUUUUACAAUGGACCUUUAAAUAUAAGACAAACUUCUUUGUCUAAAGAUUAUAUAUCAUUAGAACUUAAAGACGGAUAUCCAUUACUUCAAAUUUGCACCGGCUCAAGCACUCAAGAAAUUUAUCUGAAAGAGCGCAUUCACAAAUUGAGCGAUGGAUCGUUACACAAAAUAAAAAUAGGAUCUGGAUUUGACGAUAUAUCCUUGGAAGUAGACGACUGUGGAACAACGUGUUCAAUUUGGACUAAUAAACUACAUAAAGGUGUUAUCCGAGCAAAUGGCCCCCUUCAACUGGGAGGUAUGAAAAACAGAUUCACCGAUCAAGAAUUCAAACGAAUUUGGGACCAUUUGCCACCGACUGCCACCCGUUUCUCUGGUUGUAUUAGAAAUUUGACGUAUAAUGAAUUUUACUACAACCUCGGUGCACCUUCUGAUGCAUUCCAAGCGUAUCCCGACUGUAACUAUGCAGUGAUGCAAGCUGUGACUUUCGGUAUCGACUCCAAUUUCUUGGUUGCUAUUCUGGUUUGUGUAGCAAUUUUGAUAAUUCUUCUUCUGGCAGUAGUUGUACAUAGACGUAAACACGACAACUUUAACGAAAAAGAAAUCGAUGAUACUCGCGAAAACAUUAUCAACUACGAAGAUGAAGGUGGCGGCGAAUGUGACACCAACUACGACCUGUCUGUUUUCCAUCAGAACAACAUUGUGGACGAAAAACCAUUGAUGAGAGACAACCCCGAUGUACCUGCAGAUAUAAGUGGCUUUUUAGAUAACAAGAAAGACAACUGUGAUAAAGACCCCGAUAAUUUGCCUUAUGACGACGUUCGCCAUUAUGCCUACGAGGGAGACGGAAAUAGCACCGGAUCCUUAUCUUCUCUCGCUUCAUGUACGGACGAAGGAGAUUUAAAGUUCAACUACUUAUCAAGUUUUGGACCCAGAUUCAGAAAGUUAGCCGACAUGUAUGGAGAAGAUCCAAGCGAUGAAGACUCACACGAUGGAAACGAAGAAUCCUGGUGCUAGACUAAAUUCCAUGACUCCUUAGAAAGUGACAUUUUUGUACUUAAAUUCUUUUAUGUUAACCAAAGAUUGCGAAAUUUUUUGGAAUGGAACUGAACAAACUUGUACAUAUUUUUGAAAAAGGAUGUUUCAACUGUUUGCAAUACAAGAAUUGUUACGUAUGCGUUUCAAAACAUAUAUUUACAUGUAACCGUUCUUGUAUUGUAAAUAUUUUUAUACUAUCUUUAUACUGACACUUAGAUAAUGUUAUCUAUUAAGUGGCAAGCAGUUUGGUUAAGAAUAACUUUGAGUCUUCUAUCCCAAGGUACUGUGAUUUGAACAAAGUUAGAAUAAGCAACUUCCAUACCAUCAAUCCACUUCAUUUUAUUCAACAUACUGGUUUUCCGAAACUAAAGAAGCAGCCUAAUACAUAGAGUUCAAUAACUUUUAUUAAACAAUUUGUAUUAGGUGCACAUAUUCAUCGCGCACAAGUAUUGUGGAACUGUACACUGACGAGGAACAAAAUAUUCAAUAAGAAUCUUUAAAGCGAAAAAUAUUGAAAUACACGAUCAGAUUUAACAUAUUAUUGUCUAGCUCAAAAGAAAAUAAUUUUUAUCUUGACAAUAGGCAUUUUUCAUGUAUAAGCUAGUAGAUUUAUAUCAAAAUCUAUAAAAAAGUGGCUUAAAAGUUUCUUUGAUUUUUGCGAUUCUCUUGAAUGACUUCAGUAUUUUUUACAAAAUUAUAAGACUGUUAAUCGUUUAAGCUGGCAGCAUGGUAAGAUACGUAUGUGAAAACUUGUAUAUUUUACAAAAUAACUGAAAAUUAGUAUGUUGCGAAAAACAAAUGGAAACAAAUAUACAGUGAAUGUCGAAUAGUAUUGUCAAAAUUAAAGUCAUAAUUUUUAAAGAUUGUCCAAACUAGGUUGUUGAUGUAUGUUAAUCUCUGAAUGCCAUCCUUUAGCCAUCAUUGUGUAUAUCAGCUGUUUCCUUUUGCAGUUUGUGUGGUACUCCUGAAUGUACGGAAUAAUCACAUAGUUUUCACGAUCUUUUACUUUUCUUUUCUGCAGCUAAUUACAGGGUGGUUGUUCCCUUAUCAAUAUUGAAAUUCUUAUAUAAUCAGUUUUUCCAGACUUAGAAAAGUUAAAAAAGCAGCAUCAUAUCCCGGCCAUGUUUAUUCUUCGUUGUAAGGACACUCUAAUUAUUUCCAAUUAGAGAUCUCAAGAUGUUAUGUUUACUAGCAGGUAUUGAACGAAAACAAUAAUAAAAUCAAAGCGAGCAAUCAACAAUAGUUACAAUACCUACAAUUUACUAUGCCUUCGUAGCUUAUAUUGGAGAGAUGAGUGGAAUUUCUCAAUAGGCGCAUAUACACAUAAUAAUAAGACACAUAUUCAAAUUGGUUGGUGGUUAAAUAGCUCAAAAACGAAAGAAAGGAAACAUAUAGGUAACAACAAAAUACAAGGUAAAAAUAGAGGUACUUACAAUCAGGACGCUCCAACGAAGUCACUAUUUUACGUCUUUACACUCGAAUCGUCUGAAUUCAUCUCUUUCCUUAUGUCCUCGGGGUAGAAUCUUGCACCUCAAGUGGUUGAAAGUUCCUUUCUUCGUCACAUGUGGAUUUCGCUAAUAUGCGAACAAGGAACAACACAGGCGUCGACAAGGGAAAAAAAGGGAUAUGAUUUCGAACUAUUUAAAACAAUCAAAUCAAUUUAUCGAAAUUCCAACACAAGAUUUAUAUCAGCAUUUCAGUAGUAAUCUCACCAUAUUCCAAAUUUGUCUUUUUGUAUCCAUCUUAUUUUGUCUUUAUCUUACUUUAUAUUGUUUUGUUUAUUUUUUAUUUAUCUGUAUCCUUAUCUUUUUCUCUUUGACUAUCACAGCAAAUUUUUGUAAUUUGGAUUUACAAUUAGUUAUGACUUUAAUUAAAACAAUACUUAUCAUCUCUUUCCUUAAAUCGUGCGAUAUAAUUUAUCAACAAUGUAGUAUCAUACCACAACAAUGUCUAAUAUGAAACAUACGAGAGGCCUUAUGCAUAUGCCUUAACACGUUUAGGCACAAAUACCAAUAAAAACCUUACACGGUUCGGCAAUAAAAUGAGAGAACCGCUAUUUUAUAUACACGCAUUUUUUCUAUUUUUAUUAGGAUUUUGUUAGUUUUGUUAUUACUUAGUAUAAAUUUAGGAUAGUUAUUUUGUAUUUUUAUUCUCACGUAGGGCUCAGUCGACGUAGUCGUUUGAAUAACAUUUUAUUUAAAACUGCAGGUUUGAGAAUAGCCAUUCAUUGGUGCCGUAUUUAAAAAAAGAUUUUAAAUGUUUCUAUACUGGAUAUAUCGAAAUACAGUUUUUUCUUUACGUAAGGCAGUUAGAUUAUUAAAAUAGUCUUGUGAAAGCGUGUAGCUCAGAUGUUUUUACAAUAUAGUUUCUAAAUUAGUCUUAAAAGGCAACUAUUCUUAUUGCAAUAUUUCCCAAGCUAAAUUCACUCGAGACUUUGGACUCAUAAAUAUACAAUGACUGAGUUCUACUUGAUUUCCGUUUCAUUGACUAUUUAAUAUUUAUUUUUACAAGUCUUGAUGAAAAUUUGGAAAUACAUGAUAUCAAAGCAAUUUAUAAUCGUAAUUAGGCUAAUAGUAUCCUAAGGUGAUAGUAUUUCCUGAUUUUCAUCAAUUAUAUAUAUAUAUUAGUAUCACAAAAUACAGUCUGUAGAGACCCUUGUCAUAGAUAACCUAACCUUCCAUUGUUACACAUCUUGUUAACAAGUCGAUUUGAAAUGGUGCCGGUUGUGAAGAUGCGUAUCUUGAUGUUCCACGGCUAAAAUCGGUUCGUUCACAAAAGCUUUUAUAUAUUUUUUAUUUACUUUUCUUCUUAAAUGUCCGGCUUGAAUUUUCAAGAUCCAGUACUAGUACACAGGAAGGCGCGACGAGCCUGUAACGCUUAUUUCACACACUAAGAAUUUUGACCGUGCGAUGAUUAAAAUCUACAUAGUGGCUUGAGCAAUCAUAAUGAUUUAACGUUUUAAGCGGUGAAGGGAGAAAGAUUCCAUAUGAUUGCUCGAGCCACUAUGUAGAUUUUAACCAUCGCACGGUCAAAAUUUUUAGUGGGUGAAAUAAGCGUUACAGGCUCGUUGCGCUUUCCUGUGUACGAGUACUGGAUCUUGAAAAUUCAAGGCGGACAUUUAAAAAGAAAAAUAUAUAAAAGCUUUUGUGUAUUUCAACGUAGAUUUCAACCAUCGCACGAUCAAAAUCCUUAGUGUGUGAAACAAGGGUAACACUGCAAAUGUAGACAUACUCAUUAAAUGCUAAUUGAUCAACGUUGAGGAAAGAAUUUUUAUAUUUAAAUGAUAGGCAAUGUAAAAAUUAAUUUAGAUUUGUUUGAUUAUGCCAUCUGCAACAAAAUUCUAGCAACUAAAUAUUGACGUUGAUGUAAAAUAUCUUUACUGAUAUCUUGAUGUACAAUUACAGAACAAUUGAGGUCUAGAAGGCCUAUGGCUUGGUUUACUAUUCUUUUUCAUUCUUUCCUGUUUGCUGCUUUAUUUUUCCAAUUUGAGAUUUUAAGUUCUAUGUGUUUUUCAACAUCAUUCCGACUAGUUUUCGGCCCACCUUUCUUCUUCUUUCCUCUUAUUCCUCUUGUUAGUAUCAUUUGGAUAUGUCUCAACCAUCUCAGUCUUCGUGAUUUUAUGAUCCCUACGAUAUUCAGUUCCCCAUACAUAUUUGGUUGUAUAUUUGGUCUUUUUAUCCCCAUUUCCUUCCACAGCUUUCCUCCAAAUAUUUUCUUGGGGACAUUUCUUUCCCACCCUUGGAGCAUGACUUUAGCACGGAUUUAUUCAUAGUCCAUUUCACUAGUAUAUAGAUCUUAUCAGUCUUACAUAUUCUUAUAUUAACCCAUUUUAGAUAUAUGUUUUUACUUCUUAAUAACUCGUUUAGAGCAAAGAUACAACGAUUACCAGCCAUAAUCCUCGCUUGGAUUUCUUCCUUCAUAUUUGGUCUCCUGAUGAAUGUCUGUCGUAGGUACCUUUUUACUUUUUCGAAUUGAUAUAUUUUUCUUUCUGUAAUUAUUGUCAGGUGUUGUCCUUGUAUGUAUUAUCGUUCUGCCCAUUCCACAUUUUGGUUUUUUCUUCGUUUAUGUAUGUAUAUCCCUUUCCUUCUUGCUUUCUACUCUUUUUAGUAUUUCUUUUAAUUCUUGUUUACUUCUGGCUAUCAGUACUAUCCCAUCAGCGAAUGCUAAGCAUUGGCGUUUUUGUUGAUAAAGUCCAGUUCUGUUGAUUCCAGCUUUUUAGGACAAUUUCAACAAGGAUACUGAACAACAGUAAUGGCAGUGGGUGCUCUUAUGGCACCCCUCACUGACUUCAAACAUCGGUUUUUCUAAUUGUCACUUUUAUCGUUGUUACUAAUUUUUCAUUACUCCCCAUUUCACUUAGUGCCUUGUAUAGUUCUUUCCGUUUUACUCUGUCAAAAGAUUUUUUAAAGUCGAUGAAUAGGGUCACUAGAACAGCGACGACUUGUGUAGAAUUUUAAAACUUAAACUUAUUUUAUAUUGUUUUGUACACCAAUUCAAUCAUGUUUUUUGGGUAUAUACACUAAUUUUACUCUUAAAAUCCAUAAUAAAUUUAUCUAGUAUUCUAAUGCGGCAUUACUCCGCAAUGGAGCUUUUAUCUGUUUCACUAUGAAUAACUUUAUAUGCAAUCUAAUAAUUCGUUUUUGUAAUUAGAACCACUUUUACCCAUUUUGUUAUGAUUCCAAUAUAUAAACUAGCUCUGGACAACGUCCUGAAAUAGAGUACACAAGCGAGUUGUAGCUGGUUUUUUGAAUGAAGAAUGUCUUAGGAAUUCUUAAGUUGUCUUUUUAUAUAUUACUUGUGUGAUAUGACCCAAUUAACCAAAUCCAAGUCGUUCAAUGAGACCUAAAGUAUCUUCAAUAAUUCGACACACUACUAACAGAAGGCGUAAUAGAUAAUAAUUUGAUGUUAAUAUAGCAAUAACAACGAUAUCCGGAUUGUAAAUUAAAAACGUCAACAACAUCUAAUUUUAAUAGUUUCAUAUUGUAUGGAUAAUUGGUUGCAUAACAUAUUGUUGAAUUAUUGCUCAAAAUUAAUAUAAUUUUCACAUAGAUUUGAAAAAUUAUAUUUGCCGAGUCAUUGACACAAUAAUAGAGUCGGCGGUGAAGAAUAGUAUAUUUUUAAUAAAACUUGUUAUUAAAUAUCCACGAGGAAAAGUUUUCCUGUAGUUGGCUGUAUACCAUAUAUUACAAAAACGAUAAUAAAAUCCUUUAUAAAAGGUAUAUUUGUUAAAAUCCCUAAAAAGGGCUACAUCACAGAACUAGUUUUCGAUCGGAUGACCGAUCAUCAUCAGUGCUUACGUGAAUCUAACAUGCUAAACACCAAAAUACAAAAAUAUGUGGGUAAAAACCCUUUACAAUUGAUCCUUCAUGGGAACAUAGAUGAAUAAUGUGAACUUAAACAUGAAUGUCUAAAAUAUCCAAUGUAUUAUGCUUUAGGUACCAUUGAGCUCGAAAUUGACUUGUUCACAUGAUGACUUUAUGUUAGCAAGUGAACAUCAUGUGAACAAGUCAAUUUCGAGCUCAAUGGUACCUAGAGCAUAAUACAUUAUUCAUCUAUGUUCCCAUGAAAGGAUCGAUUGUAAAGGGUUUUUACCCACAUAUUUUUGUAUUUUGGUGGUUAGUAUAUUAGAUUCACGUAAGCACUGGUGAUGAUCGGUCAUCCGAUCGAAAACUAGUUCUGUGAUGUAGCCCUUUUUAGGGAUUUUAACAAAUAUACCUUUUAUAAAGGAUUUUAUCGUUUUUGUUAUUAAAUAAUAAAAGUAUAUUUUUGAUAAAAGUAUAUAUUGUAAAAGUUUAAGAGGCUGUUCAUCAAUUAAGGAAUGAAUCUAAAUGUACAAUCGUAUGUAAUUUAGAUCUAUUAAAACGCGACGUUAUACAUUUUACAAUGUUAAGGCGAUAGUUAGUGACGAUGCACCCUAAUUGCAAUACUUGUAGUAGUAUAGUCUCUAUAGACUGUCUUCUGGUGCAAUUUUCUAUUCUAGUUUGAUACACAUAUUUUUAUUUGUUCACUAUACAUAUGGGUUGUGCUUUAAACAGCUUCGAACAGAAUUUAUUAAUAAGAUGGAGAUAAUAAGGCUGUGUUGAAAAAUCAAAAAAAUCUUUGUGCUUAUUUUUAACAACGUUUUUGUCGUCUGUACAAAAAUCUUACACAAACGCAAAGUGUGACUUAUAUAGAUAGAUCUAUAGAUAUAGAAAUAUUUGCUUCAAAUGUUCGUACACAAAAGUAAGAUGAAAUUUCUUUAUAUACACGACAGUUUCUUUGUUAGAAUUAAAAACGAAUCACUAUAUAUUCUUACUAUAUAAAAACUGCUACGUUAGAAAUAUUUAUCAAAUAUAUAUUCUAUGCAUAUAUGCAACAAAUGGCAGCUCACUCAACAACCAAAGCACCAAGGACAGAUGUAUUAUGUAGUGUUUGGUUCUUGAAAUCAUGCUAUUUUUGCAAGUGUUAUAUCAAUAAAUACUAGCUUGUUUAGAAAGUUUUGUAGCGAAGUAAACCAUCGUUAUUCCUUAAAAUAAAAUCAUUAUUCUAUUUCAGUGCCAAAUAAAACAAAGCUAACUACAAAAUUUGCUAAAUAGGAUUUGUGAAUAGUUGGUAUGUCUAUGUCUAUUUACUAAGAUUUAUUAUUUUUUAGUGUGUAAUUGGAAAUAAGGCCGCUAUGAAAUAUGUGAUCUCCAUCUGAAAGUAUUGUAUUCUGUUUCAUUUUAUAUGAAUAAACUUAUUUUGAAAAUGUAUCAUAUAUUUAUGAUUUAUAAAUAUCGCUUUUAGUAUUUGAUAAAACAUUCCUUUAAUAUAUUGUUUUGUGAUUUAUAUGGCAGCUAGUUUAAGAAUCUUGAAUUUUGAUCUCAUGGUGAGAUACGUGCAGGUUUUUGCUGCUUACAGAAAACUUUUAGUUUGAACUAUUAUUCUAUACCACCUUUAUAUCCUAGAAUAUUGUUUUUCUUAAGUAUGCUAUCCAAAACUGCAGCUGUGUAUAAAUCUUGAGGUAUUAACUCUCUAAAGUUUAUGGCAAACAUUUUUAAGUACUGAUUUUAUGCAUUUGAUUAGAUUCUGCUGUAGUGAGAGUUUUCGUAAAAACUACAUCUUCAAUUGUUUCCAUUCUUCAAUUUUCCUGUCUCGUCAAUAUUUAUCUUUGCAUAUAAAAUAUAGUCAAUUUUUGUGUUAUAUUCUCUAGGGAAAAAAUUUAGCUACGUUGAAUAAAAGUACUGAUUAAUUUAGAUUAAAGUAUUAAUACAAUAUUGUGUAACGUAAAAUUGACAGUGUUUAUUUACAUCAUUGGUCUACUAAAGUAUUUUUGAGAUGUGCCUUCAACUGAGCUGCAAUAAGAGUUAGCUUAGCAAUCUAGUAGUAGAAAUUUUGCUCACUGCCAUUUGUUAAAAGUGUAUAUCUUCGAUUUUUAAAUAAACAACGUAUGAUAAGAAA